CGAAUGUGUAAAUGACUUCAUGCAGGGCUGAUGCACUGCCGCCGUUCGAGGCUCUUCGUGCCCAGACGCGGCCGACACCAGAUGGCUCGCACUGCCAGCAUGUGCUGUUCGGAAUGCGCCAGCAGCUUCGGCGGUGGCUGGGGUGGUGGUGGUGGGGCAGCUCGAAGGAAGGUGCGCUGGUUUCGACAAUGUCUUGGUCCCGCUGCCCAUCGACCUCGGCGACCUAUUGUUUCCAGCAGCCAGCAGAUUGCCCUAGCAGAUUGCCCUGGUAUGGCCUGUAUCCCGGUUCUGAUGAACGCCAUGCGGCUGCCCUGAGACCCUGUUGUCCAUACUGCAGAUCUCAGCACAUACAGCCAGCACCGCUCACCCUGGUCGACUCGCCGCCACCAUCCACCACCGCGGCAAUAAAUGUCGAACCCCGGACAGGGCCCAGAGUUCGAUGCUGUCACAUUCUCGACUCCAUCUCGGCCCUCGGCUGUGCCAUCUGCUCUCUGUCCGCGCUUCAAGAUGACUCUCAGCACCCGUCGUAAGCUCGUCAUUGUCGGCGACGGCUCCAGCGGCAAGACCUCGUUGCUGGCGGCUUUCUCGACCGGGCGGUUUCUUGGUGACUAUGUCCCAACCAUCUUUGAGAACAGCGUCCAUAGUGUGACCAUCGAUGAAACCUGCCUCGAGCUGGCGCUCUGGGACACGGCCGGCCAGGAAGGAUAUGAGCGACUCCGGACGCUUUCGUACACCGACACCGACGUGGUCAUGAUCUGCUUCUCGAUCGAUUCGCCCGACUCGCUUGACAAUGUCGAGGCUCUGUGGGUUCCUGAGAUCCGCAAGUGCUGUGCGUCGGUGCCAAUCAUCCUCGCCGGGUGCAAGGCUGAUCUCCGCCACAGCGUCGAAAGCCUGGAUGUUCUCGAACGAUUGGGUCUCCGUCCGCUCAGCUUCCGGGAGGGGCUGGCCGUUGCCAACUCGAUUAAUGCCUACGGCUACGUCGAGACCUCGGCCAAGACCACGGUCGGCGUCAAGGAAGCCUUUGAGCUGAGCGGACGAGCGGCGCUGACGCACCGCCGAACAGCCCGGCCCAGAUCGUCCGUCAGCAUGUCGUCGCUUCGGUCCGUGGGCCGCAAGGUCGGCCCGGCAACGCCAACCAGUCCCCGAGAGGACUGUGUUGUUUCGUGACAGCGUGCAAGACCCAAGUGCGAGGCACAUACCAUUCGGUUCUCAUAAGCGGGACUGGUGCUGCUCCGCCUUCGAGAAGCGCCGGAGCUACGGCGCGACAGUCCGGCAAACCGAUUCGGCAUCGUCUCGAUUCAUCCGCGGUGACCAGUCGCGGACAAAGGAUGGUUACUGCGUGAGGAUGCAAUCCAGAGUGGACUGCUGUUGGAUACGAUUGGAAGAUCAUUCGACGAUGGGCGAGCACAUCUCCAAGGGGCUGGCGGUGGUGCUUUCAAGUCAGGGACAGCGUGUUCAAUACAUUCGAGCUUUGAGAAACGAGGCGGAGUUUGUCUGGGUUGGCGAGUGGCGGAUGUCCACGG